CCUCCCAAACAGGUUCCAGAGAUGGAUUACCUUACUUUCCUCUUGGCUAUUCUUUAUGUAUACAAAGCUCGAUGUGAAGAGAUAUUUUGGGACACAACUGUUAAACUUGCUAAGAAUAUGGCCCUAGAAUGUGUGUAUCCAUCAAAGGACACUUUAACCCAGAUGGAGUGGUUCAAGAUCAAGACACUGGAGAGAGAGUCCAUAGCCAUUUUCAACCCUACUUACCGUGUGAUCAUAAGAGAGCCGUACGCUGAUAGGGUUUACUUUUCAAAUUCAACCACGGCCUCUAACGAUAUGACCUUGUCCUUCCAUAAUGCCUCUGAGGUGGACGUUGGCUUCUAUUCCUGCUUUCUUCAUACUUUCCCACAUGGAACCUGGGAAAAGGUGAUACAGGUGGUUCCAUCAGACGGUUUUGAGACAGCUGUGCCAUCAAAUAGCCAGACAGUCUCAGAACCUGGAAAAAAUGUCACACUCACCUGCCAGCCUCAAAUGAAAUGGCUGUUACAAGAAGUUACAUGGGAAAAGAUCCAGCCCCAUCAGAUUGACCUCUUAACUAGCUGCAACUUGUCCCAAGGAAGAAGUUACACUUCAAAGUAUCCAAGACAGAUACUGAGCAACUGCACCCAGGGAAUGAGGAGGACCUUCAUCACCAUGCCCCACAUUAUGGCCUCUGACUCAGGACUAUACCGCUGUGGCUUCAAAGCCAGCACAGGAGAAACUGAAACCUUCGUGAUGAGACUGAUCGUAACCGAUGGUAAAACCAAUAACCAAUCCAUCCUCUUCAUGGCUGCAGGGAUAGCUUUGUUGUUGCUGUUGAUUAUCCUAAUUACCACCGUCAUUGCCAUUCCUUAUAAGAGAAGGAGAAGGAGACAGAAAAGAGGCCUAUUUAAAGAGUACUGGGACACACAGAAUAGGGCAACCAACAACUACAGAAGUCCUGUCCCUGCUAAUCAACCUUCAGAUGGUGCAGGAGAGGAUAUUUAUGUCAACUACCCAACCUUCUCUCGUACACCAAAGACUAGAGUCUAAGCUUUUCCCUUAAUCUGAGCAUAUUAAUGAUGACUAUUAUGCACAUGGAUCUUUAUACAAUUUCUUCCCACUAUUUAAUGUCUACCUUG